AUGUUGGUUAAUGGGGCCAACGAUGAUGCGAAGUUUUCAAACGAUGGAUCCAUUAUGCAAGAUCAGAUACUUGCUAAUCAAGCAAGGUUAAUCAAGGAAAUGAAAAACUACAUAAGCCAAUUGAAUAAAAAAUAUGAUAUAUUUAAAUCGACGAAUAUUUCAAAGGAUGAAAAGGCUAUUAUUUUAAAUCAAAGUAUUGAUCCAGAGUUAUUGAGAUCGCAGAAUAAGAUUUAUAAUUUACAAAAACUGAUUGCUGAUACUCUAAGCGAGUCCGAAUCAAUUGAAAAUCCUUUUCUUUUUGAAGAGAUACUUUUAGAAUCGAAUGAAAAAAUUAAAACGUACAUUAAUACGGAGAUCAAUGAAGAUGAUAUUGUUACAGAUAGUGAAGGAUUGGUGAAAGAUAGCAGUCUGGAUGAGGAUGAUGAGGAAUACAUAAAUGAAAGCAAAGAUGAAGAUGAAGAUGAAGAUGAAGAUGAGACUUUUGUUAGUGAACUGGAUGAAUCAAGACAUUUUGUAACUAGUAGUGAAAACUCACAUGAUAUGUUUCAAUAUAAUAUGGAAGAUAAUAUCGAUGACAGUUUAAUAUCUGAAAGUAGCAGAAACAAUAGUAGACACAUUGAAUAUGAUAAGAUUAGUAACAUGAAUGAUAGUAUUAUAUUGGAUAAUGAAACUGAUAGUGAUUUUGAAAUAAUUAAAGAUACGCCUUUAGAGGUUAUCGAUCUUUUAGAAAAAUAUACAGAUUCUAAACCUGAACAAAUUGAAAUACUAGAUGAUGAACAUAAAAAUAAGUUGACAAUCAUCAAUACAACUCAAUCAAAUAACAACAAAAAUGGCAUUAACUCUAUGGACAUACUUCGGUUGAAGCCUAUAUCUGACGAUAUAAUAGAAAUUGAACCGUUAUUAGAUGAUAAAAAUUUGAAAUGUCAAUCUAGUUUAGUUACUCAAUUAACCCCUAUAAAAAGAUAUCCUUGGACAGAGGAAUUAUUUUGUAAAUUGAAUAACAUAUUCCAUUUACAAAGCUUCAGGAAAAAUCAAUUAGAUGCAAUAAAUUCUACAUUACAAGGGAAGGAUGUUUUUGUUUUGAUGCCUACUGGUGGAGGCAAAUCUCUUUGUUACCAGUUACCUGCUAUAAUGAAAUCAGGUAAAACACGUGGCACUACAAUAGUUAUAUCUCCAUUAAUCUCUUUGAUGCAAGAUCAAGUGGAAAAUCUGUUAUCAUUGAAUAUUAAAGCAAGCAUGUUUAGUUCCAAACAUUCUCUUCAACAAAGGAAAGCUACAUCUAACCUUUUAUUAAAUGAUAAAUUGGAUCUGAUCUAUAUAUCUCCGGAAAUGAUUAGCAGUUCUAAACAAUGUCAACGAGUUAUUGAAACAUUAUAUCAAAAAGGCCAUUUAGCAAGAAUCGUAAUCGAUGAAGCACAUUGUGUCUCUAGUUGGGGUCAUGAUUUUAGACCAGAUUAUAAGAAAUUAUAUGUUUUUAAACGGGAUUAUCCAGAUAUACCUGUAAUGGCAUUGACAGCUACAGCAAAUGAGUACGUCCAAAACGAUAUUACUAAAAAUUUACAAUUAACAAAUCCCGUCAUGUAUAAGCAAAGUUUUAAUAGAGAUAAUUUAUAUUAUCAGAUAAUUUCAAAGGAUAAAAAUACAGUUCCCUUGAUAGCCACUUUUAUUAAGAAAUUAUUUCCGAAUCAAGCUGGUAUUAUUUACUGUCAUUCUAAAACCUCAUGUGAAAACUUAUGUAUCAUCCUACAAAAAGAGAAUAUUCCUUGUCGAUUUUAUCAUGCUGGUAUGAAUCAGGAUGAUAGAAUUACAGUUCAAGAAGAAUGGCAAAAUAAUCAAGUACAAGUCAUAAUUGCGACCAUCGCAUUCGGUAUGGGUAUCGAUAAAUCUGAUGUUAGAUUUGUUUUCCAUUACACAGUACCAAGAACUUUAGAGAAUUAUUAUCAGGAGACAGGGCGUGCUGGUAGGGAUGGUUUUUAUUCCUAUUGUGUAACAUUUUAUUCGUUAGGUGAUGUUAGAACCUUACAGAAAAUGAUUCAAAGAGAUAGAAGUCUUGAUAAAGAAAACAAGUUGAGACAUUUAGAUAAAUUGAAAGAAGUUAUGCAAUAUUGUGAUGAUAAAAUCCAUUGUAGAAGAAAAUUAGUCCUAUCCUACUUUGGUGAAACAUUUGAUUCUAAAAAUUGUCAUAAUAAUUGUGAUAAUUGUUCUAGAAAAGAAAAUUUGCAAUCAACAUUAACUGGAGAAAGUAUCAGUGAUAGUAUUGAACAAGAAGAGAAGAAUAUUACAUCAAUUGCUAAGGAUAUUGUCGGUCUAGUGUCAUCAAUUCAAAAAGAAAGAGUCACUGUAAGUUAUUGUCAGGAUAUAAUGAGAGGAUCAAAGAUGUCUAAGAUUGUUCGAGCUGGACAUGAUAUUUUGACCCAACAUGGUAAGGGGAAAGAAUUUACUAAAUUAGACAUGGAAAGAAUUUUUUUUCAUUUAAUUACAUUAAGAAUUCUUCAAGAAUAUUCUAUUACAAACAAUAUGGGUUUUGCAUCAAAUUAUGUGAAAGUUGGACCGAAUGCAAAAAAUUUAGCAAAUCCAGCAUAUUCUAUUUCUUUGACUUUUUUUAAGGAAAAAGGGAAGAAGUCAUCUUUCACAAAUUUGUUAUCAUGUGAUACAGUAUUUUCGGCGGCCAGUGGAUUUGCUUUCAUUGAUGUACUUAAAUUAAGAAAAUCUAAAAAUAUUUUGAGGCCUGUGAAUAAAAAGGAUAUGCUUUCCGAGAACAAUGAAUCAAUAUAUAAAUCCACUUAUGUUCUUGACACUAAUGAAUUAUUAGAAAAUAAAAAAAUAGUUCAAGAAAUAAGAAUGAAUCAUUUAACUAAUAUGGCAGGGCAAAGAACCACACCUAAAAAAAGCACAACAAUGGGUAGAAGAACAAAAAGAACUUCCAGAAAGAAGAGGGGAAGGUACCGGUCUAAGAGUCGUACUAAAAAAAUUACUUAA